UCGUGCCCUUCAACCAUGAUGACCGACAUCGUUAGCACCUGGAAGCUGGAGCAGUUUGUUCUCCAGAAGUGUCUCCCUGCAAUUUGGUCCGCGGGGUCCUUCCAGGGCCCGGAGGCAUACCAGCAGCUCUGCCAGCAGUGGGAGAGCUGGUCGGAGGAGAACAAAAAGCCCAAACCCACAAACAAGUGCAAGAAGCGAGCAGCUUUGCAGGGUUUGUUGAUGGUGGGCAGGGAGUUGUCUAGAUUGCUGAAGGAGGCUCUUGAGAAUGUGCAGACCUUGGAGCAGGACAAGGCUGAGCUCAAAAUUCAGGUGGACAAUCUGCGGGCAGAGGUGCAGGGUUUGUGUGGGGAUUCUCUGCGGAGUGCUGUAGAGAUCACCCGGCUGGAAAACAAGCUGGGGUAUGAGAAGCUGAAAACAGAGGAGCUGAAGAAGGAGGUUGGCAGGUGGAUCGGGGAGACCCACGAUGCGCAGAGCGCGGUGCGGGCGGUCCUGCAGGACGUCCAUCGGGACCGGGGCACUGGCCCUGAUCACAAGGUAUGCCAUGCCAAGAUACAGGAGCUGGAAGCAGAGCUGGGGGUGUCGAGGGGCAUUGUGGCUGCCAUCAAGGGCAAGAGGAGCCAGGGCGGGAAUGGGGAGGGGGAGGACUCCCUGGACACGCACCCACCCCACUAUGAUUAUGAGGAUGAUGUGUGGGGUGCCAACAGCCCCACCAGGCCAUCCCCUUAUGCUCCUCUGCGGGAGGAGGUGUGCCAGCUGCAAGCAGGAGAGGCAGAGGCUUCCAAAGACAAAAAGACCCCUCACGAUGAGCCAGUCAGUCACAUCCCACUCCAGCCCAUAGACACCAAUAGGGCUGUGCCCUGGUUUACCCCUGAGCAGCUCAAGACAGUGGGGAAGAUGCUGGGGCCACUGUCAAAGGAGACAGCCAUCAACUGGCUGUCCAGGGUCCAGCGCCUGCCCAAGUGCCAGAGUGGCAGCUUCGUGAGUGACCUGAUAGAUGUUGUGAGAAAGUGCAUGAAACCAGAUGAUUUCGCGGCACUGCCGGGGGAUGUGCAGAUGGGCAAUGUCCAGGAUAUCAGAGACGUCCAGCUGGCCGUGCUGAAGGUGUUCUUCCCAGAGGUCAACCCCUUAGUACUCUUCCACCAGGAGAAGCAGAACCCCGAGGAGCGGCCGGAUGCCUAUGUUAACCGUAAGAAGAUGCUCUACCAGAUGGCUGGGCUGCCUGGAUCAAAGGACUCCCCCCUCGAUUUUGACAGACCUGAAUUCAAGGAGCCACUGGUAGUGGGGCUGACACCCCCACUGAGGGUGAUCGCUGGUGGGGAUGCGGCCAAAAAGCCGCUGUCGGAGCUGGAGCAGAUCCUGACCCAGAAUUUUGAGCUUCAAAAGCAGGCAUUCCCGGGGUACAUGGUGGGGGGGGAAGAAAGGGAAAACCUCGGCCAUGCCUUUCCAAAAUGCAGGGAUGAGAAAAAUGCAGGGAGACAACCGAAAAGAUCUUGAUGGCAAAGGGGGCUUGGGGAAGGAGAACCAGCAAGGGAUGAGGUUUCAGAAGUCCAACCCUUGGCGGGCUGAGCUGAGGAAGCGCUUAAUAAAAUACGAGAAACAGGAGGACAUUGAUGGCUUGCCGGAUACGGAGCUCUUCCAAAAACUGGCCCUGCAUGAGGCCAAAAAGCACAGCAGCUCCCACCUGAUUGACCCGGGGUCUAAGGCUCAGCAAUAGGGCUGCCAGGCACCUGCGUCGCCCCUUUUUGUG